AUUGUGAGAAUAUAUAAAUAGAAUACACACACUUGCCAACGGACGGAUGGAUGAGAAGCACUUGGGCGUUGAGUUUAAGCAGACCCUUUAGUUUCACUUCAGCGCCUCCACCUCAUUCUCUCUUAUCACUUCCCCUCUCUCCGACGUCGUUUUGCUUCCCGAUUAGGGCUUUUCUCCGCCGCGCCUCGCAAUCUCCAAUCACCAAUUCCAUGGGCUCCGAGGAAAUCGAGUGGCCAGCGAAUCGAGUUCGCGACACUUUUAUCAAGUUUUUCGAAGAUAAGCAGCAUGUUAAUUGGAAAUCCAGCCCUGUUGUUCCUCACAAUGAUCCUACUCUGCUCUUCGCUAACGCAGGGAUGAAUCAAUACAAGCCUAUCUUUUUAGGAACUGCUGAUCCCAACACUCAGUUGAGUAAGCUAACACGUGCUUGCAAUACACAGAAGUGUAUAAGAGCUGGUGGGAAACAUAAUGAUUUGGAUGAUGUUGGUAAAGAUACUUAUCACCACACUUUCUUUGAGAUGCUUGGUAAUUGGUCUUUUGGGGACUAUUUUAAAGCCGAGGCGAUCUCGUGGGCAUGGGAGCUUCUCACCAAGGUGUACAAAUUACCUGAAGAUCGAAUAUAUGCUACCUAUUUUGGUGGUGAUGAAAAGUCUGGCCUUGACCCUGAUACUGAAGCCAAGGCUUUGUGGCUCAAAUAUCUUCCAGAGAAACGCGUAUUACCAUUUGGUUGUAAGGAUAACUUUUGGGAGAUGGGUGAUACUGGUCCCUGUGGACCUUGUACUGAAAUACAUUUCGACAGAAUCGGAAAUCGUGAUGCUGCUUCUCUGGUUAAUAAUGAUGAUCCAACAUUAAUUGAAAUAUGGAACCUUGUGUUUAUUCAGUAUAAUAGGGAAUUGGAUGGCUCGCUAAAGCCUUUACCUGCCAAACACGUUGAUACGGGAAUGGGAUUUGAAAGAUUGACCUCUAUACUGCAGAACAAGAUGAGCAAUUAUGACACAGAUGUGUUUUUACCUAUAUUUAAAGCUAUUGAGGUGGCGACUGGAGCUCCUCAAUAUUCAGGAAAAGUUGGGUCUGAUGAUGUAGACAAGGUUGACAUGGCUUACAGGGUUGUUGCUGAUCACAUUAGAACUCUGUCCUUUGCGAUUGCUGAUGGUUCUUAUCCAGGAAAUGAAGGACGAGAAUAUGUUCUUAGACGAAUUCUUCGCCGGGCUGUACGUUAUGGCACUGAAGUCCUGAAUGCUAAGAAAGGAUUUUUUAAUGGGUUGGUGAAGGUUGUGGUGGAAGUGAUGGGCGACGUUUUUCCUGAGCUAAAGCAAUACGAAGAGCAUAUCGUGGACACUAUUGCAUCAGAGGAGAUAAGCUUUGGCAGGACGUUGGAUAAGGGAAUAGAGAGAUUUAAGAAGGCCGCUCAAGAUGUUCAAGGAACAAUAUUAAGUGGGCAGGAUGCAUUUCUUUUAUGGGAUACCUAUGGCUUCCCGUUGGAUCUUACUCAGUUGAUGGCUGAAGAAAGAGGCUUGAUGGUUGAUGUUAAUGGUUUUAACAAAGCAAUGAAUGAGGCCAGGGAAAGGUCAAGAAAUGCUCAAAAUAAGCAAGCUGGUAAAACUAUUGCUAUGGAUGCUGAUGCUACCUCAGUCUUGCAGAAGAAAGGGAUUCGACCAACAAAUGAUAUAUAUAAAUUCACAUGGAAGGAUCAUCGCAGUGUAAUUAAAGCUAUUUACACAGGUAGUGAGUUCUUAGAAGAUAUUGCUGCUGGUGAUGAAGUUGGUAUAGUUCUAGAAUCAACAAGCUUUUAUGCUGAGCAAGGAGGUCAGAUAUUUGAUACCGGCAUACUUGAAGGCCCCUUUGGAACAUUCCAAGUUUCAAAUGUCCAAACUUUUGGAGGAUUCAUUGUUCAUAUAGGCUACUUCACAGAAGAUAGCGGCAGAUUCUCUCUGGGUGAUAGGGUCAACUGUAAGGUUGACUACGUGAGGCGUAAGCUCAUUGCUCCAAACCAUACUUGUACACACAUGUUGAAUUUUGCUCUUAGGGAAGUGCUUGGUAAUCAUGUUGACCAGAAGGGAUCCAUUGUUCUUCCUGAAAAAUUGAGAUUUGAUUUUUCUCAUGGCAAGCCUGUAAAGCCUGAAGAGCUAAGAAAGAUUGAAUGGAUAGUCAAUGAGCAAAUUAAAGCUGAGCUUGAUGUCUAUUCGAAGGAGGCAAACCUCUCUGAAGCAAAGCGUGUUAAUGGUUUACGAGCUGUUUUUGGGGAAGUCUAUCCUGAUCCAGUUAGAAUUGUGGCAAUUGGUAGAAAGGUGGAAGAACUUCUGGCUAAUCCAGAAAAUAAAGAGUGGUCAUCGAUAUCCGCCGAGCUUUGUGGAGGAACUCACAUAUCAAAUACAAGAGAAGCCGAGGCAUUUGCACUUCUAUCAGAGGAAGGGAUUGCAAAGGGAAUCCGUCGGGUUACUGCUGUUACCACAGGAUCUGCUUUCAAAGCCCUAGAGUUGGCCUCUUCACUCGAGAUAGAAGUGAACGAGGCGUCUAAAGCAGAAGGGGACCUGCUGGAACAGAAAGUGACAUCUUUGAAUGGGCGCGUGGAGUCUGCCCCUAUUCCAACAGCCAAGAAAACUGAUCUUAAGGCCAAAAUUUCUGUACUACAGGUUUUUUUUCUGUCGAAGCUUCUUACCUUUUCUUUAUACCUCCCAUGUACUUGCAUAUAUAACCAGAAACUAAAGACACCAUUGUGCUGUUGUCAGAACCAAGUGAUAAAAGCUAAAAAGAAGACUGCGGAAGAGAAUAUACAGAAAGCAAUCAAAGAUGUCAGUGAAAAGGCCAUCAGCUCUGAAGGAAAGGGUUUCUGUAUUGCACGUGUCAGUGUAGGUUCUGACAAUGCUGCAAUGCGGGAAGCAGUUGUCAGGGUCAUGGAGCAGAAGGGGAUGGCAGUAAUGGUUUUUAGCACAGAUGAGAAAAAGACGUUGGUAUGUGCAGGGGUGCCAGAUAAAAGUGAUAAGAGCAAAAAGUUGAACGUUUUGGAGUGGUUGAAGAUAGCUUUGAAGCCGUUAAAUGGGAAGGGAGGUGGAGGGAAAGGUGGUCUUGCUCAGGGGCAGGGAUCUGAUAUUUCGAAUGUGGAAGAAGCGAUGCAAGAUGCUGAAAAAUAUGCAGACGAAAAAUUAAAGGGGCAAUGAUUCGUUUUCCUUGUCCUGUUAGCAGCAGCCAAAGUUUGAAUAGAAAAGAAGUAUUCUUUUAAAGGAAUUCACAAGUUAUGCAGCAACUGUUCUUCAUUAUCACUGAUUUAUUGUAUUGGAAACUUGCAAUUGAAAAACUGAAAAGGAGAAAAAAGGUUGUUUUACAUCAAUAUACUAGAGCACGUGUGGUGGUUAGAGAUCAAGCUUCUUGUUAA